AAUUGUUGAUUCAGUGUUAUCUGUAUAGAUGUAAACUAAAUAAAUGAAAAUUAAGUAGGAUGCAAGCCAUUUAAGCAGUCCCGGCUCGGUAUAACACAUUUUCAGAGUGGACUAGCUCUGAAUAAUUAUCGUACGAGAAAGGCAAAAUGAAAAUAAUAUAUCGAACUCUUAGAAAACUGAAUUGUCUUCUGAUUAUUAUAUAUUUCAACUUCGACCACGUGAAAAUGUGCUAAAUAUGCUGGUAAAUUGGAGAAUUUGCUUUACAUCUCAAAGAUAUGAACACAAUGUUAUCAUCGAUUAUUACUUCUAACCCAAUCCAAUACUAACUCAUAUCAUUAAAUCACAUUUCGCGCAUCCAGUUUAUUUUGAUAAUUCGUAAACAAGCCAUCACAACCACAAAUUCAAAUCAGCAUGCUCAAUAAUCUUUCCCGCGUAUCUAUCUGCUCUCCACAAGGCAGUCGCUAUUUGUGAUUUGUGCGUUGCUGAAGCUAGUUGCUCAGCCAUUUUGAGUUAGUUGUUAGCUGACUUGCCUAAUGAAUCCCAAAAUACUCAUUAUUGGUGCCGGUGCGUCCGGAAUCGCGGCCGCUACACGUUUUUACGAAAAUGGCUAUCGUAAUUUGGUCAUUCUGGAAGCUGAGAAUCGAUUAGGUGGUAGGAUUCAUACGGUACCUUAUGGGGCGAACGUAUUGGAUUAUGGCGCUCAAUGGGUCCAUUCGAACGUGAAAAACGUUGUAUAUGAUAUGGCGGCAAAGUACAACUUAGUAGAGAUAGAAGAUCAUCGUGAAGAUGAGCUAUGCAUCAAAUCAAAUGGGGAAGAAGUGCCAAUUGAUGUAUCCAAUUUAGUGGUGGAUGUAUUAGAACGUUCAAUAGAUGACGAAGAAAAGGUGAAACAGUAUAAAAAAUCGCUUGGUGAUUACUACACGGAAAGCUUUCAAGAAGCGUUGCAGGGUGGCAAGUUCGGCGACAUCGAUAACGAAACGUGUAAUCAAAUCUUUCAAUACUUUCUGAAAUACCAUCAUACCUACAAUGCUGUAGAUAGCGUAUUUGAUAUGUCUGCAGCAGGGCUGCUGGAAUUCGUGGAUUACCAAAAUGAAUAUCUUAUAAAUUGGCGAACACGUGGUUUCAAAACUAUUCUUGAUCUAUUAAUGAAUCGAUUUCCGGAGCAAAAUUCAACAUCAAUACCAAUUGAAGACUUUGUAUUAUUCAACAAACGAGUAGUCAACAUAAAUUAUUGCAAGGAGUCUAUCCAAUCCAUCAUUGUGACUUGCAGCGACGGUCAGUGUUACACUGCAGAUCACGUGAUCGUUACUGUAUCACUUGGUGUCCUGAAAGAGAUUUACCGUACGUUGUUCACCCCAUGUAUACCUCAACUACAGCAAAAUGCCAUAGAAGGACUUUAUAUUGGCCUAGUAGACAAAAUGGUACUGCAGUUUGACGAACCUUUUUGGCCAGCUGGAUGGCGCGGUUUCGCUAUGCUGUGGAACGAACAAGAUCUGAAUGAUCUUCGCAAUUCCGAUAAAAGUUGGAUCGAAGGCGUUGCAAGUUUUUUCGUUCCUGAAUAUCAACCCAAUCUGCUGGUCGGUUGGGUUCACGGGAAAGACGCCAGAACCAUGGAGAAACUCUCGGAAAGUGACGUCAUUGAGGGAUUGUUGUUUGUGCUUAAAAAGUUUUUGGUGAAAUUCAACAUUCCUGAGCCAAAAUCAUUUACUCGUAGCACCUGGUACACGAAUAGGAAUUUCCGUGGAUCGUACUCUAGCAGAUCAAUGAAAUCGGACGCUUUGAAUGCUAAGGCCGCUGAUUUGGCACAACCCCUGUUGAACUCCCUACAAUUGCCAGUGGUACAGUUCGCAGGUGAGGCCACACAUCCUCAGUAUUACUCAACGGUGCAGGGUGCCAUAGAAAGUGGUUGGAGAGAAGCUGAUAGAUUAAUUGCAAGUUACAGGAACAACAGAACAACAGUUAGCAAAUUAUAAACGAGAUGUUUAAAGCAAUAAAAUUGAUUUAACAAGGUAGGAAAAUUAAAUUGUGAUCUGUUGUAGCUUCAUUUAGAAUUGUAUACGUAUUUUUUAAAAAUCCGUUUGUCUCUAUCUAACUCGCUCCAGGAUACAUAUAUGUAGAAGAUGAUAACAAAAUUUUAUGAUUUGAUGAUAACAAUUGUUUGUGCUCUACGCGAUUCUACAGAAAUUGAUCACUAAUGAUAGAAAUUUCUUUUCCGCGCUUUCCAAAUCUGGGGCCCUUCUUAGCCGUGCGGUAAGACGCGCGGCUACAAAGCAAGACCAUGCUGAGGGUGGCUAGGUUCGAUUCCCGGUGCCGGUCUAGGCAAUUUUCGGAUUGGAAAUUGUCUCAACUUCCCUGGGCAUAAAAGUAUUAUCGUACUAGCUUCAUGAUAUACGAAUGCAAAAAUGGUAACCUUGCUUAGAAACCUCGCAGUUAAUAACUAUGGAAGUGCUUAAUGAACACUAAUCUACGAGGCGGCUCUGUCCCAGUGUGGGGAUGUAAUGUCAAUAAGAAGAAGAGCUUUUCGAAUCUCCCGUACCAUGUGAUGACACGAGCACGUCCGAUGAACACUUAUCAAAUAUUUAUGCAACGCGUACUUUAGGGGGGAGGUGUUUUCUUACGCACCAUAUAAAUAAAAAAAUCAUUUGAAUAAAAAAAAUACAGCAAUAUUGAAGAAAAACCCGGAAAAUCCGAACGUAAAAAAUUUGAAAGCAAUAGAGUGCUGCUCAAAUAGAUCUUCCAGGGAUGGAGUCCAUAGAGGAAUGAAAAAUAUCUCCCACUUAUCA